AUGAGCACCAUCCAAAAUCUCAAGAAUUUCAUACGUCAUGGCAAACAAGCCCGCCUGGUGACGCCUCAUGCCGAACCCACCACCAAUGUCUCGCCCAUCCAUGCCGAACAACAGCGUCAACCCCAGCGUUCCUACCCUCCCGCUGCCGGUAACCUCGAUGCCAUCGACAGUCGCUUGGGUAACGGUCAGGGUCAGGCUCAGGCUCAGGCGCAGCCUCAGCCUCAGCCAUCCCAGAAAUCGCCCGAUCUGCCCACCCGUCGUGCUCGCGAGGCCGAAAUCGAACAGAUCGUCGCGGAGGAAAAGAGUAUUCGGUCAAAGAUGCCCAAAUAUCCCGGGCUCGAGCGAUGGAUCCUACUGGAGAAGAUGGGCGAUGGCGCAUUCAGCAACGUCUAUCGCGCCAGAGACACCACGGGCCAAUUCGACGAAGUGGCCAUUAAGGUGGUCCGGAAGUUCGAAAUGAACAGUAAUCAGCGUGCCAAUAUCCUCAAAGAAGUUCAAAUUAUGCGACAGAUUGAUCACCCAAAUAUUGUCAAGUUGAUUCAUUUCUCUGAAUCACCGCAGUAUUACUACAUUGUCUUAGAGCUGUGUCCGGGAGGGGAACUAUUCCACCAGAUCGUCCGAUUAACCUACUUCAGCGAAGAACUCAGUCGUCACGUUAUCGUCCAGGUUGCCAAGGCGAUCGAGCACCUUCACGAGAUAUCUGGGGUCGUGCACCGGGACAUCAAGCCUGAGAAUCUUCUCUUCUAUCCCAUCCCCUUCAUACCCAGUAAAAACCCCAAGCCCCGCCAACCCGGCGAUGAGGACAAGAUAGACGAAGGCGAGUUCAGUCCCGGCAAGGGUGCCGGCGGAAUUGGAACGAUUAAGAUCGCCGAUUUUGGUCUCUCCAAGGUUAUUUGGGAUAGUCAGACCAUGACCCCCUGCGGUACAGUCGGUUACACGGCUCCCGAAAUCGUCAAAGACGAGAGAUACUCCAAAAGUGUCGACAUGUGGGCUCUGGGUUGUGUUCUCUACACCCUCCUUUGCGGUUUCCCACCUUUCUAUGAUGAGAGCAUCCAAGUCCUGACGGAAAAGGUGGCGCGGGGCCAGUACACCUUCCUAUCGCCAUGGUGGGAUGAUAUCUCCAAGUCAGCACAGGACCUGGUCUCCCAUUUGCUGACAGUCGACCCCGAUAAACGGUUCUCGAUCAAGGAAUUUCUUGCUCAUCCAUGGAUCCGCGGGAGCAACGAAGAAACGCAAGCCGCCUCGGACGCUCCCCCUCUGGCCACUCCCCUUUCCUCGCGUCAAAUGCAGCAGCAGCCUUUGGAUGCCGUCGCAGCGGAUCAGGCGCCGUACGCGCCCGCGAGCGCGCGCCUUGCAGACCAGCCUUCCGCAGGGUUGGAACGUCCCAUGGAUUUCCGGUCCCCUGGAGCAAUUAAUCUGCGUGAAGUCUUCGACGUAGGCUAUGCUGUUCACCGCCAGGAGGAGGAAGCCAAGCGACGGAAUAACUUCAAGCACGUCUACCGCGGCAACAAUCCUGCGGCUGCGUUUCAGUCCGCGCUGAACCCGCUGAAUGAAGACUAUGAUGAAGAUGAUGAGGCAGAAAUCAGCUAUCGAACCAUCCCGGAUGAUGAAUAUCCUCCUCCUGCCAAGGUCCAAAAGAACUCUAAUAACCAGGCAAAUGAUGUGGCCAUGAUGGAGGCAAAAUUGCGCUCGACUAAUCUAAGUGCGGCUCCGAGUCUCGAUGCACAACCCCGCCAGGCGCACCAACCGCGACAACAGCAAGGCUACGGACAACAUAGCGCCCAAGUCGCAGCAGCCGCGAGGCAGAAUAUUGCUCGGACAGCGCGGCAACCCUUCGAACUCAACUUAGACAAUGCAUCACUACUAGAAAGAAGAACCAGGCGGCAACAGGGACAGCCUGUGAUGUAA